CCCCCCAGAGAUUGUUACAGCGACUGUAACAGCUGAGCCCGGGCUACACAGACAGACAGCGCUGCCCCAGGGUCUCCCCCACCCCACCCACCCCGGUCUCUGUGUCUGUGUCUGUGUCUGUCCCGCGGCCGCUGGUCUAGACGGCGGCGGCGACAAUGGCGGAGAAACGCGUCUCCCGCUGGUAUUUCGGCGGCUUGGCAUCGUGCGGGGCGGCGUGUUGUACUCACCCACUGGACCUGCUCAAGGUUCACCUGCAGACUCAGCAGGAGGUGCGGAGGGGCAUGACCGUGGCCCUGCAGGUGGUCCGCAACGAUGGAAUCCUCGCCCUCUACAAUGGUCUCAGCGCCUCACUCUGCAGACAGAUGACCUACUCACUGACUCGCUUCGCCAUCUACGAGACGGUGAGGGACCACAUCGCGGGCGACACCAACUGCCCCCCCGAGCUCCCCUUCUACCAGAAGGGUUCUGCUGGCGGCGGUUCACCGGGGGGUUUUGUGGGUACGCCGGCCGACAUGGUCAACGUCAGGAUGCAGAACGACGUGAAGUUGCCGCCAGAGCUGCGCCGGAACUACAAGCACGCAUUGGACGGGAUUUACCGAGUUUUCAGGGAAGAGGGAGUGAGGAAGAUGUUCUCGGGGGCAUCAAUGGCAUCGAGUCGGGGGGCACUCGUCACCAUCGGGCAGUUGUCCUGCUAUGACCAGGCAAAGCAGCUCGUGCUCAGCAGCUUCCUGAACGACAACAUCAUCACACACUUCCUCUCCAGCUUCAUCGCCGGAGGUUGUGCCACCUUCCUCUGCCAACCACUCGAUGUUCUCAAGACCCGGCUGAUGAGCUCCAAGGGGGAGUAUCGGGGAGUGUGGCACUGCCUGCAGGAGACGGCCCGUCUGGGACCCUUGGGCUUCUACAAGGUGAGUAGACAGACACCUGAUAGAGUCAGGGGUCACGUUCGGGGGUCAGGGGUCGGCUGCACGGAUGAUUUGGAAACCCCUCUGUCAAUCAUUCCGGGAUAUCAGAAAAAGAAACUGGUCCCUGCUUCUGUCAUCCAGUCAACUUAUCAACAUGUCGAAAAUGCUGCCGACCUGAGGACUAUUCCCCUGUAUUUUCUGCUCGGGGUCUGUCGGUCGAGUCCCGGGCGGCAUUUGGAACUAUUAUUGAAGGAGGUGGUUUGUAUUUUGAAGUCUUGCUUCGUUGCGGGGAAAUCCCCCAGGGUGCCCGUGGACAGCGGGUGUUCCCUCUCUAGUUCCAGCCGGGCGCGGACUAGACCCCGGGAACGGGGCGGGCAGCCGGCUCGGGCAGAGCGCUCUUCCAGCCCGGAGCCGUGA